AUGGGUGCAUUGUGCUGUGCUGGUGAAGCCUGUUGUUCUUGUUUAUGUGGCUGUUGUAUGCGGUGCUGCAGUACUUCUCAUAAGCAGCAUAUGAGGUUAGGUUAUUUGGUCAUCAUGAUCUUAGCUGCAUUUUUUGGGAUGAUUUUCUUAUACUUUGGAGACGAAAUGAUGACACCAUGAACCAAAUUUGGAUUUGCGGAUUGCUCAGGGACUGAUAAAAGCAUUUGUUUAGGGGUUCAAACAAUUUACCGUGAAAGCUUUACUUUGGUGCUUUUUUACAUCAUCAUGCUUGGACUAAGCAUUCCAGGAGGUAGAAUGUCGGCAAUUAUAAAUCAAGGGUGCUGGCUUAUGAAAGGAUUAAUCAUUACUGUUCUGUUCAUUAUCACGUUUUUCAUUGAUAAUGCUUUCUUCGAUAUUUAUAGAGAAAUAUCAAGAUAUGUAUCAGUGGCAUUCUUGGUAAUGCAGAUCAUUGUUAUUAUAGAUUUCGCAUAUACCUGGAAUGAGACGUGACUGGAAAACUAUGAAAAUUCUAGUGAGUCAGGCUACUGGUCGUUUUGCUUGUUUUUCUUUUCAGGUCUGAUGUGGAUAGUUGCGCUAACAACAAUUGUGCUAGCUGCCCCCUUUAGAUUGAAACAAAAUAUAGGUAAAAUUAAUUUUUUGUAUUUUAACCCUCUUUAAAUUGGAAUAAUUUUUUAAUAGGAAAUUUAUUGGAAAAAGUGCAAGUCGAAUAUUAUUUAAGCAGUUUUAACACUAAAUCAAUUAAUAUUUUGAAUUAAUUCUUCAUAAAAUAAAUUGACGAAAAAUAUUGCAUUCAUUUUAUAUUUUUCUAAUAUUAUAAAUUAUUUUUAAAAACAAAAUUAGCCCCCUUUAAGUUAUAUGAACAGGAUUUUUGUUCCAAUUUAAAUGGGAGAGUAAGCUAUUAUUGGUUUACAACAGAUAGCGGCUGUGAGUUAAAUAUUUUCCUGAUUUCAUUAACUUUGGCACUUGGGAUCAUUUUCACAGGAUUAUCUUUGACUGGGAUGGUAGAGCAUGGAUGUAAUUUUUAUGUAGCUUUGCUUACAAGUUCAGCAGUGAACUUAUAUUGUGUUUAUUUAUGCUUAAUUGGGAUGGCUAGCUCAAGCUCCAGCUGUAAUUCGUGGAAUGAUAAAGCAUCGACUGCUAUAACGAUUGUUCUAGGUCUGUUUGCAGCAUUGAUAAUGCUUUUAUAUGUAACUUUUAGGAAAAGAGAAGCAAAAGAUGAGCAAGCGCCUAUAAGAGGAGUUGCUGAGGCAGUCUUAGCAGAAGAAGAUGAUGGAAACGAGGCAGCUCCUUAUAAAGAGGAAGACGAUAAUGAAAGCCCUUCUAAAAUGGUGUUUUUCCAUCUUUUGAUGAUUUUGACCUCAAUCUACUUUGCUAUGCUUUUGACUAAUUGGGGAGCAGCUCAUACAGGUGGAGCCUCUUAUGAUCAGUAAUUUUUUAUAUAGCAACGAAGGAAGCAUGUGGGUUAAUUUUUCGGCUUUGUGGUUCACAGUUCUGCUAUAUAUAUGGAGUUUACUUGCUCCUAAAAUAUGCAGUGGAAGAGAUUUCUCUUAA